AUGUAUGUCGCUGCUACCUACUGUGCAACAAAACACAAAGAAACAAUGAAUCAAGCUAAUGUCACCAUAGAAAAGCCGGUUUUCAAUCGUCAACAGUCGGUUUACGAUGGCAUGACAAAUAAUACCGAAGCAAUUAUAGCCGUGUGGCUUGACACUAGUGCAGAUAAAUACGAAUCCACUCAAGACAAAAUAAGAAACACGGCCGAUAUACUAAAGAUCUUUUCGGAACCAGAUCAGUGUGAAAAAUAUAUUCGAAGUAUUGGAAAUGCUAAAUUCUUUUUAGCUAUCUCUAUUGAAUAUGCUCAAACACUUGUUGAAAAAUUGCACGCUUUGAGACAAUUACAUUCAGUUUAUGUGUAUUCCGACGAAACCAGUUCUGCUACAUCAAACAAUGAAUGGUUGGAUGAAUAUCCAAAGGUAAUAAACGUCUACGAUCAUCUUGAUUUAUUAGCCGAAGAACUUUCUACCACGAUUUAUAAAUAUUCUCGCAAUGCUAGUGUUCCAAUAACUAUCUUCAAGCAUCCUGAAGCAGAUCGAACCACAAACCUGCUAAACAAAUUCGCCUACUUUGUCGAUUUUUGGAAUCCAUUAUUCAUCGAUCUAAUUCUUGAUUUGCCUUUAUCAGAUUAUGAUUACCAAAAGAAAAGAUUUAUUCAAGAAUGUAAAACAUGUUAUCGGGCCGAUUUAACAAACCUGAAAAUAGUUGAAAAAUUUGAAAACACCUACAAACCGUCCGAAGCCAUUCAGUGGUAUAAACGUGAUUCAUUCGUGUACCGUCUUCUUAACAAAGUCUUACGACAACAAAAUAUCGAGGGUAUUCUAACAUUUCGCUUUUUCAUUUUGGAUAUGUUUGAACAACUCAAAACCAUAUAUAAGGGCUAUAUCAAUGACGACACUUACGAAGACAAUUCAUAUAUUAUAGUUUAUCGUGGACAGUUAAUGUCUGAGGAGGAACUCGAAAUUUUGAAAAAAGAUUUGGCUCCCGGUACAGUAGUUUCAGUAAACAGUUUUCUGUCGGCCUCACGUACGAGAAAGGUGGCUCUAAUAUUUUCUGGUGCAUCGGGCCUUCCAAAUGCUCAUUUGAAUUCAGUGGUAUUUGAAAUAAAAAUCAACAUACACCAUAAAAAUCUACUUAAGCGAAAACCAUUCGCUGAUGUUAGUCAGUUGAGUAAACAGGAUGAAGAUGAAUGUGAAGUUAUAUUCAUGGUUGGAUCAUUUUUUAGAAUUGACAACAUCGUAUAUGACGGGAUCGAAAAAGUGACAAUCGUCAAAUCAGUUCUUAUCGAUGAAGAUGAUCAUACAAUGUCCAUAACAAAGGAUUAUCAAAUUCUGAAAAGAACAAUAACGGUCGAAGGUAAGCUAAUUAGAAUCGGCAAUUUGUUAAUGGACCAUCCGUCAUACAGUCAAAGUUCCAAGGCCAAAGGAUACUAUAAAGUUCUGGAAAAUGAGCUGAAAUUAUCUAAAUCGAUAUUUCCCGCAUGUCUUGUUGGUCAAGGUUGGGUAGACUUCAAAAACGGAAAUUAUGAUUCAGCAAUUAAACUGCAAGUCGAAGCGUUGGCUAUCUACAACAAAUUAGACGAUAAGAAUAAUAAUGAAUCGGCUAUAUCUAGUUUGAAUUGUAUUGGGGCGGCUUACAUGAAACUUAAUGACUAUCCAAAAGCUCUAGACUAUUAUAAUAGAGCUUAUAACUUAUCUAACCCGAUUGAUGAUAGGGACGCUGAGCGAGUGACCUAUCAAGGUCCAUGUAUUCCCAUUGAUAAGUUUGCAAUGUACGACGGCUACCGAAAUAUUUCAUCUAUUAAGAUGGCUUGCAUACAAAAAAUGAAUGGUAAUUGUCAACAAGCUUGGGAUAUAUACAAAAACGCAAUCGAUUAUGAAAUGCGAGACACAAUCAACUUCCAUAGUCAUACCUGCAUGACAAUAGCCGAAGCUGGAGUUCUCGAAGCAAAAACGCCUGAAGAUCAAAAUAAAGUGUGGAAGAACUGGAAGAGUUUUCUUAACAUUGGCUUAGGUGAUGUAUUAAAAUAUCGUUCGUCAGCCAUUACCGGAUAUCUCUCGUUGGGUCAUCAGUAUACUAUAACCACUCGCCUUUAUAAUAACGUUUGCUGCCGAGAUAUGGCUAUCGAUUAUUUUCGAAAAGUUGAAAAGGAAUGCUUGAAUUAUGCUUCAAAUCGUGACCACUACUUGUAUACCCUUCAGUGUUACGAACGGCUGGCGGUUUUAUAUCAGGACAAAUCCGAUUUCAAACGAUCGAUUGACUAUUAUGAAAAAAUUAUCGGAUUAUGCUUGAAAUACAGUUCGAAUGAUUUGGAAAAUAUUAUUGUCGGUUAUAAGGGCAUGAUUGAAACUUAUGAGAAACAACUGAUAGCAACGUCAUCAGAGGACUCAGACAUUUCACUGGUGCUGUGUGAUGCUGUUAGGCCACCAGUCUCGCUUGAGACUUCUAUGUCAUCGGAUACACCGAGCAAUGGAACACUUUUUAAAAAUGUUAAACGUUUUCAUUUCGCAUUUGGACAAUACGAUAAGCGAGUUGACCUUUUGUUGAAUAGUGAGCCAGAUCUUCAUAAGAAACGCGUUUAUUGUUACAUGAAGCUGGCAGCUCUUUAUUAUGACCAAGAGAAAAUCGUUGAUGCUCAACAUUCGCUAUCUCAAGCCAUUUUACUAUGCAAACAAAUUGGCUCUGAAUUAUUCGAUGUCUUGGUGAUAUGUAAUGAAAACAUAGCCUUUAUCCAUGGUAAUUUCGAUUUAAUUAUUCAGUCCUACAGAAAUCUACUUGAGAAUCGACUUAAAGGCGAUUCCAGCGCAUGUAUCGGUGAAGAUAACUACUGCUACAUAGCUCAGCUAUACGAGAAAAAGAAUGAUUUUAAUUCAGCUUUCGAAUACUACCAGAAACCGGUUGAAUAUUUUGAACAACAUGGUCAUCUAUGUUCCCAUACAAUUUAUUGUUUUAUGAAACUAGCCAAACAUUACCAGACGACAAAAAAUGAUUUUGAUUCGGCAGUUGAUGUUCUCGAAAAGGGAAUUACUCUAGUGUUAAAACAUCGUCGAGAGCCAAUGAUAACAGCAAUUUCAAUUAUUCGGCAGCACUUAGUUGAGCAUUUUAAAGUAAAGAAUGAUUUGAAUACCGCCAUCCUCAUUUAUGAAAGCGUUUGUGAACUUGUUAAAUAUGAGAGAACUGACAUUAUUAUACUGUAUCGGGAUUUCAAAAAAGUUCUUAAACUAUUAGUCAAACAAAGGCACGCCGACGUCUGCGAUGUCGUUCUCGAUGCUUAUGAAGCCUUUCUCGAUUUAAUUCUGAAAACUAUCGGCCCUCUAACUCCUCAUAUAAAGACAAUCUUGGCUCAUUACAAAAAUUUUGCUGUUAUCUACAAAAAAUUAAUUGACUCGCCUUCAGCCAUUGAAAUUUACCAAAAAUUAAUUUGUCUAACACUCAAACAUCCAAAUGAUACAGUAAAGAUAGUUUGGGAAUACAAAGUAAUUGCCGCGGAGUUUGGCACAAGAGGUCAUCUGGAUGCUUCAGUCAAUGCCUACGAAAAACUUUUGGAGUUUGCUUGUCAGCAUCAUUCCACUAAUGGUUUCUCCGAAGGUGAUUUAAUUGAUUUCGUUCUUGUUGCCUGGAAAGAAAAAAUAAUUAGUCGACAUCUAACAGAAAAGAACUUUGAUUCAGCAAUAAUUUUACACUAUAAGAUAAUCCAUUUUCUCGAAAAAUAUCGAUCGAACGUGAACACCGAUUACGUCUUAGACGAGUUUAUAGCAAGAAUAAUGGAGAGUUAUAGUGAAAUUGCUAGAAUUUAUCAUGAAAAAAAUGAUAUUGAUCGAGCAAUUGACACUUAUGGAGAAACAAUUGAAUUUCUAACGAUAUAUGAAACACAAACUGUGCAGGAACAUAUAACUUUGAUCAUUUCAAAAUGUCACGCGUUUGCUGCAAAGCACAGAGAAAGACGAGAAUUUGAUUUUGUAAUAUCAUUAUAUUCGAAACUUAUUAUGUUCAUUCAAAAAUAUCGUUUAAACUAUUUGUUCCAUUUAGCAGCUGCUUAUAAUCGACUAGCCGAAUUAUUAGAAAACGUCGCUUACAAACAUUCGGCUGAACUCAUUCUUGCCACCAAUUGUUGCUAUCUACCAAACGCUCAACGUUCCGCAGUCCUUAAUAAAUGUGUUUUAGAUUAUAUACAGAAGGCUGAAUAUUAUCUGAGCAAUAAUCAACUUGACUUAGCUAUAAAAACGUAUAGAACCGAACUUUUGGCAUUUUUGCUGGAAAAUCAUUCUCUAGAAGAUGAGCGAAUUAGUUCGUGUUACAGAAAUAUGGCAUCAGUACACUACGAACAGAAUGAAAAUGUUCAGACACUGCAAUUCUACCUGAAAGCAGUCGAUAUUUAUGAAUCACAAAAAGAGAGCUUCUAUACAGAUAUUGCCUUUGAAUUGAAUCCAAACGUCUGUCGGCGCUACGCUGGAACACUGUUUACCUGCUAUAAUAACAUGGCAACUGUUUACCAAGCUAUACACGACGUAAUUUCGGCGGAAAUAUGUAGGCAAAAAAUCAUUGAUAUUUAUGAAAAGCACAAUGAUCAGUUUCAGUUAAUUAGGAACCCUGCAAUUAACAUUAUUACUGUUCAAAUAUGUCCUAUGGUUGAACUAAAUUAUUGA